AUGAUAGGGUCGGAAGGAAUCGGUUUCGGCGCUGAGAAUAGCCUGUCAGACAACCCAGUCAACCCUGGAGGGUUGAUUGUUAAUGCAGAUUUCCAACAGUUCGAGACGGAUGUUAAUCACAUAAAGCUGAUCAACAAGGUUUAUCAGGCAGCUCUUGCCAAGGAUGAGGAGCUAUUACGUAGGGUCAUCAUGGAGGGAUCCGAAACCGCUUGGGUGGUCACAAACUUUCUUGCAGAGCAUUACGCGGCCCAAGACUUUUGCGUUUUUCUAAACCCGUCCAAUCCCGCCAAAGAAAUUCUUAAUGAAAUUCUCCGGAACCCUUUCAAAAUUAAGCUUUUCGCCGGAGGACGUGCCCAGGAAUGGGGUGGAAUCCUCCACUAUGCUAUCAUGGGAGGUGAUAUGCAGCAAUUCGAGCGCGCUUUAGAAGCGGGGGCUUGGAUAACAGACCUGGACAUCCGGGGGCGGACCCCGCUUCAUGUAGCAAUCCAUGAAGGACGACUGGACAUGAUUAAAAUAUUAACCAACUAUCCAUCCCAUUCCCUCUUCACCACGCGCAAUAUCUGGGGUCGAAGCGCCUGUGAUGAGGCUCGGUAUGAGAUCCUUCUUUGGAUCGUUGGCCACGAAGAGAUGCGCAAUGAUAAGAAUAUCUUGCACCUUGCGUGUAGGUAUAACCAUACAGCCUUGAUACACUCCCUUAUGGGGGAUACCUCCCUCUUGGAGGACCUGAAGAACAGGCGGGUUCGUCUUAACAGGUCACCUCUUUUAAACCAGCGGAACAACUUCGUUACUACCAUUGUGGCGAUGUUGGAGAGUUCAAGGGAUGAAACAUCAGUGUCCACAGAUCUAGAUAUCAUUCUACCCGGCUCUGUCGACAUUAACGAACCAGCAAUGCGUCCAUGGUUUGAAGAUCAAGCGUAUAAUGGGUGGGCUCAAGGAGAUUUUAUGUACGGUUGGUUUUAA